UUUGUCCAGGAUUUUCCAAGCUGUGCGGAAGAAGGGUAUAAUCCAGAAUACGUGACCCAACAGUUCAUGCCGUGUGCAGCAGUGCAGUACGCGGAGGCUACGUACGGAAAUAAUUUCUACUAUACGAGGACAAGAAACGGAACCAAAACGAAGUACGGUCAAACCCACCUGAAUUCGGAAGAUUUGACCGAAAUUCAUCUCAAUUUCAAAUUGGAUAACUCCUUCUGUAAUCGAUACUAUGAUCUAGACUUUGUCGCUAACGGGAUCGUUCUCCGACCCGACAAAUGGAACUAUCCAGUUUACCCGGACUAUCCAAGAUCUUCUCACAUAGUUUAUAGUAAGUUUUUGACACAUUUGACCUUUGCCCUCUGA